AGCGAAUGAGUCGGCAGCCAUUUUUAAACUGCUCACUAUAUAUACAGAGCAUAAGGAUAUGGAUAAUGGGCCUCGCGUCUCUACAUAGUAAUGUAAACGAAUGACAUUAAACGAGGCGUGAUUAUCCCGAACGAAGGAAGAAUCAGACAUAACGACGUAGCAAGGCGCGUGAGCAGAGCAGGACAACGCGUCAAGAGAGAAAGAUAAAGAGAGAAAGAGAUACAGACAUAAAAAGAGAGCGAGAGAGAGAGAUCGAGGCUAGUUUCGUGCGCGAACGGACGGUGCUCGAGCGAACGCACUCCUUCCCCGUGAAAUUAAUGUAAUGGUGAACUGUCAACACAUCUCCAACAGAGCUCUCUCCGGAAUAUGCCUUUGAGCCGUAUCAAUUCCGCGUUCUCGGCACAAGUGAAAGCGCGUUCGGUCGAUCACCAUCAACGGCGGCGGCGGCAGUAUUGAGAGAACGUGGGAGCGGAGAGGCAAAAGCAAGGGGAGGGCGAUCAGCGCGUGGGAUCGCACGCGCGCGCGAACGGUAGAACGCGAGAGAGAGCACAAAGAGAGUGCGACGACGAGCAGCCCGACAACGUGUUCAACAGCAGCAGCAGCAACGGCGACAGCAACGACAACUGCGGCAGCAACAGCGGGAGCAACGAUGUCGGUUUUAACAUGCGAGAGGACGGCUGCCACGAUCGUGUCUCUCAGAUGUUAAGUUCCUAUAAUAAUGGCAGAUAAUGUGCACAGAAAGUCGCACAAGCUGUCGGAUGGUGGUAGGAAGAUCUCGAACCCCGUGCAUCGUACGACCACGGAGACGAUCCGCCUGGGCGAGGUAGACAAGUUGCACCAGCCGGUUAGCCUGAUCGCGCCGAGCAACGUGACAGCCGGCGGCGGUGGUGGCAGCGGCCAGUGCAAUCGGAAGAAGACCUCGUCGUUUCAGAUCACCAGCGUCACCGUUGGCUGCCGCAUGAGCAAUGACGCCGGCGAGGACUCGAACGAUGAUCUGGACGAGUCGCACACGGAGGACAAUUCCGUGGAGCACUCGCGCAUCACCGACCUCGACAUCGAGACGCCGAGUUACUCCGAGGACACGUUCUCCAAGGAGGACGUAUUCUUCAACACGAGCAACGCCGCGCUCAGCACCGCGCCGGUGAUCCCCACCAGUUCGCAGUACGGCCUGGCGAUCGUGCCGUCCGAGCACGGCGGCAACGUCAGUUGCAAUUCCGUCAACGACAGCAACAUCGGCACCCUGGACAUCACCUCCGUCACCGACAACAACAUCAUCAACUUGCUGUCUGGCAAUGUGAAGCAGGACGCGGAUCUACGCGAGGUGCAUUCCCACGGCAGGAACGAGCGCUUCAAGGUCGUGAAGAUCGAGAGCACGGAACCGUUCAAGCGGGGCCGGUGGACCUGCAUGGACUACCUGGACCACACGUCCGUGAAUCAGCCAACGGCGAUCGGUACGCCGAAGGUGUCCGAUCCGAACGAGGUGUGCAUAUCUUACGGGGUGACCGACAGCGGGAUCGUCGUGCCGGAGGCCGCGAGCAAGCAGCCCGUGGUAGUGUCCGACGACAGCAAGACCAUCAGUAUCGACAGCAAUGGACAAGUGACCGCCUCUCACCCGGACACAGUGCACACGUCCAUCAGCGUGGCGAGCAACGCCGCGUCGGUGGCGAACGCCAGCUACGCGGUCAGUAACUCGAUGCCCCCGAAUGUACAGCACAAUCCCGCGCAGGUUCCGCCUGGUCAGCAAGCCAAGGUGCAACCAACCGCGCAGAUCCCGCAGUACUUUCAGUCGCAGACGCAGCCGAUCGCAGCUCAGCAGCAGCAGCAACAGCCGCCGCAACAGCAGCCACAGCCGCCUCAGGGGCCUCCCCAGGGUUCUACGCUGCCCGCCAGCCUGCAGCCUAGCCAUCCCAACAGCCUGGGCCAGCCGCAGAGCAUGCCUCAGGGCUCGAUCCCGAUCAUCGCGCAGACCAGCGGCAGCAACGUCACGCAGCAACAGCAGGGGAUCGCGCACGCCAAGGAGGAGACGUACGUGACGGUGGCGGCCGCGCAGAGUCAGUCCAUGCCGGUGCAGAACGUCUGCCAGGCGACGGUGCAGCCGAGCGGUCAGCCGCCGAGCUCCCAAGCGCCGAAUAUUCUCGUCACGCAACAUCAGACUGACGCCGCCUGCCAGCAACAGCAACAGCAGCAGCAGCCACAGAAGCAGAUCAGCCAAAUCUCCGAGCCACUAACUGCCAUACCAGGGAUCCAGGGCAUGCAGAGUAUUCAUAAGGUGCCUCCUCCUCAGGCAGCGCCGCAGCAGACCUCGUCGACGAUCCAUGCCGGCGGCGCGGGGCCGCAGGUACAGUCGCAACAGGUGAUGCCCGCCUCGACGCAAAUGCAGACGUCCAGCAGCACCGCGCCGGUGCAGAUCACACAGGUGCAGGCUGCCGCGGGCUGCCAGAACGUUGUUGCUGGCGGCGGCCUGCAGCAGCCCGGCAUCGCGUUCCACCAGUCCGACCCGGAGCAAGAGUCCAUCGCGGCUAUCGUCGCCAACGCCACCGCGGCUCAGUCCGCCGACGCGACUCUGUUGGAAUCGUUGGCUGAAGUGACGCAAGGCAGCGACGAGCAUCGUGCCCUCGAAGAUAACGAAAGUAUGUCUGGGACAAGCGCUGUAGCGAUUGAUAACAAGAUCGAGCAGGCUAUGGAUCUGGUUAAAAGUCAUUUAAUGUUUGCGGUACGAGAAGAAGUCGAGGUACUGAAAGAAAAAAUAGCAGAACUAAUGGAUCGUAUCAAUCAAUUGGAAGCAGAAAAUUCAAUAUUAAAAGCACACGCAACUCCAGAAACUCUGGCUCAAUUGAGUCAAUCGACAGCAAAAUUACCCCAAAACAGUUCAGGAAGUGGUCAAUAGUUUACUUUUUAGGAAAUAUAUUUAAAGCUGUAAAUUUGAAGUUUCUUUCAAAAUGGUAAAAUAUCAUUUUGGACAUGUAUAUUGUUACAAUUCUAGACAGAAACUGAGACAUAUAACUGAGUGCAUGCCAAGACUAAGCAGUGUUAGUGACAGAGUUGGCAUUAUUUUACAUUAGAAACACGAUUCCCAACAUGUUAAAAAGAAGUAACAGUACGGCGGAAUAGGCAGCUUAACAUUCCUAGAUUACUUUUUCCUGUUGUUUUAAUGUUUAGCUAAUUUAACUUACAAAUCUGAUCGAAUAUAGCGUAAUUGGCAAGUCGAACGAAGGUAAAUAUUUAUAACAAUUUUCGCAGUAUUGCUUAUAACAUACGACGUUUUAAUUUCAGUUCAUUUUCCAGACCUUCUGUUGAUCAAAAUAGAUAUUGGUGGUAAAUUUUGCUAACGUUUGUCACUUUUGAAUAUCAAAUCUCAUAUUUUAUAAUCUGAUAUUCGUGUUAUAGCCUGGUUUUUAAAGUUAUAUAUAAAUAUAUAUAUAUACAUAUAUAUUGUAAUCAUCAAGCCGAUAUCCAAGAAACUUACUAUUGGUGUGCAUCAAAAAACCUGCAAUUUCCUGUCAACAUCUUAUGUUACAUUUUAAAAAUGCCUAAUAAACAAGAUUUUUAAUUGUAUCGUAA